GCCCCUCCGUCCCCCUCCGCCAUGUCCAAGAGAAUCCGCAUCUUCACCGCAGAGGACGUCGAGAGGCACUCGACGGCGUCCGACUGCUGGGUCACUCGUAACGGCAAGGUCUACGAUGUCUCCGCCUUCCUCCCGGACCACCCCGGAGGGGACGACCUCAUCGUCAACUUCGCCGGCAAGGACAUUGGCGCGAUCAUGAAGGACGCGACGGAGCACGACCACUCGGACUCAGCCUACGACAUGCUCGACGAGUACUGUAUUGGCAGGGUGCGCGCUGGGGAGAACAUUGUCAGCGAGGAUUGGGAGGCCACCGACGACUUCGAGCCAGAGGAGACGGACGUGACCGCGGACUUUGAGAAGAAUGAGUUCCUUGACCUCCGGAGGCCUCUGUUCUGGCAGGUCUGGGAGGCCAACUUCUCCAAGGCGUAUUACAUGCAGCAGGUACACCAGCCGCGGCAUACCCCUGAGUCCCCCCGUCUGUUCGCGCAGUGGUACCUCGAGAUGUUCACUCGCACGUCGUGGUACAUUGUGCCCAUGAUCUGGUUGCCCAUUGCUGCGUACAUCUUCGUGCGCUCCCUGGUCCAGUUCUCUAUUGGAUCUUACGCGCUCCCUCUCUUCACCACCGACCCUGGUGCACCUCUGCGUGCCGCUGCCGCUGGACGCAUUGUACCUUCCGCCUUCGCCAAGGCGAUUCCUUGCUUCCUGGCGGGUAACCUCAUCUGGACACUCCUGGAAUACGGUUUCCACCGCUUCCUGUUCCACAUCGACGGCGCGCUGCCGGACCACGCUGCGGCGUUGACCCUACACUUCCUGAUGCAUGGAAUCCAUCACUACCUACCCAUGGACAGGCUGAGGCUGGUCAUGCCGCCUCUGAUGUUCUCGGUCCUGUCGUACCCGAUGACACAGCUCGCGCAUUUGCUGUUCCCGCCGUCCAUGGCAAAUGGUAUCAUUUCGGGUGCUUUCGUCUUUUACGUCCUCUACGACUGCACGCAUUACGCCCUCCACCACACGAGACUCCCUGCCUAUGUUCGCGAGCUGAAGAAGUACCACCUUGCGCACCACUACAAGAACUUCGACCUCGCCUUCGGCGUGACGAGCAAGCUCUGGGACUACGUCUUCAACACUGUUCUGACCGUUUAGAGACGUGUAGGAACACGAUUUUCCCGGCCAAAACCCAUCCUUACGUGCACAUAAUAUCGGGAUUCGACUUGUUCUUUUAAGUACCGCUACACGCCACUAAUGACGUUCCCUACAGUGUUGGGACGUUGCAUAUCAUCCUCCCCCACUGUCUUAGUUUUGCCUUGUCAUUUGAUCAUGUUGUAGAUGGUGUUAUAGUCUGCAAGAAUAACAUCGGAUACCCCCUCCCCC